AUGGGCGAUAACAUCCAUCACGAGCCGCUCAAAGCACUCGGGCCGGCCGACUGGGCCACGGUGCCCCACGAUGACCUCGCCGACUUCCUGCGAGGCGUUUUCGCCCGCGCACAGCUCGUUGUCGACUCGGUCCCUUCGCCUACGCCGACCUGGACCCCUGCCAAAGAAACGGUCCUGGGACGCGCUCGCGCAAAGACGGAUCCGGCCCCGGCACGGGUCACCACUUCAGACGCCGUCAACCGGCUGCGCGACGAGUGGAAGGAGGUCAAGGUCAACGCCCGGGACAACCCGCUCGGCAUCCGCGUCUACAAGCUCGCCGGCAAGGACGGCCAGGGCUCGUGGUUUGCCCGGCGCAGCGUCCACGACCGCCUCUCCUUUGACCGCUGGAGGAGCGGGCUGGAGAGGGAGUUUCCCGAAACGAUGAAGGUCCAGGGAUCGCCGGGCAGCGGCAACAUUCGCGGCAUCGGGGCGGACAAGAUGGUCGAGCACCAGGUCGUCGACGACGCAGGCCACCUCAGUGUCUUCCAACUCUCGGCACAAUUCCCCGGCCCGACGGCUCCCCGCGACUUCAUCACCCUGCUCCUGACUUCCGACUCGUCGACCAACCCGUCAGGCCGUGCGAGCCCCCUACGGCAGUACAUGGUCGUCUCUAAGCCGUGCACCCACCCAGAAUGCCCCCCGCGGCAGGGCAUCAUCCGCGGCCGGUACGAGUCCGUCGAGGUUAUCCGCGAGAUCCCAAGCGAGAGUUUGGCCAGCAAGAGGUCCCUCUCGUAUGCCGACCUGACGUCGGAAGAUAGUAGAAGGGCCGGCGCCACGAGACUGCCCAGUGAACCCUCAGCAGCGCCCGACGACCUCCCUCGAGCCAUUGAGUGGCUCAUGGUGACCAGGAGUGAUCCGGGCGGCAGCGUCCCGCGCUUCAUGAUAGACAAGGGAACUCCGCCAGGCAUCGUCGGCGACGCCGGAAAGUUCCUCGACUGGGCCGCCUCGGUACCCGCCGAGGGGGACUCUCCCGCUCAACACGAUGGCUCAACCGACAAUGGGAACGCUGAGGUUCCCGUGGAACAUGGCCCGAGUAAAGAGCAUGCAGAGCAAGCUGUGGCAAGGACUGCAGGCGACGACCAAGCAGCAAGCCAAGACGAGGGAAUCCCCAGCAGCAACGGGCUCUACGGUAUCAUCACCGGCGCAUUCGGAGUCGCCAGCUCGGUGGCCAACGGCCUACGUCAACAGUUCAGCGCCCCCCUUAGCCUCGGGAGCAGCGGCAGCCAGGAUAGCCUUGCCGAAGCCCCUCGAGGACCAGAGAACCGGGCCGACGAGUCGGACUCCGACAGCGACGCAUCCUCGGCACGCAGUUUCGCUUCGGCCGUGGAAAAGUCUAUGACGGGCGACAAGGCCGUCGACAGCACCACGGAAAGCAACUCGGACGAGUCGCGGUCACAGCUCAAACAGCCGGCGGAGAGGGAACUGCAGAAGCUGAUUGAGCGGCGGCGGAAGCUUGAGGAAGACUUUUCUAAGACGCAGGAGCGCUUCCAGUCUAAGCGGCAGGACGGCAAAGACAAGGACGCGGCGGCGCUGGCCAAGGCGCGCGAGAAGCACGAGCGGGAGCUGGCCAAGCAAGAGGCCAAGUACAAGCGCGAGACGAAGAAGCUCGAGGAGAAGCGCGAGCAGCAGGAGCGCAAGGCCUCGAUGCGUCGGCGCAAGACGUUGGAGAAGGAGGAGAAGUCGCUUUUGUCGGCCGCGCUCGAGGGCGUCAAGGCGGAGCGCGACGUGGCCCUCAAGAAGCUGGAGCUCCUGCAGAACCAGGUCGGCGAGCUCCAGGCGCAGAACACGAUGCUGGUGGCCAAGCUGGGUCGUAUUGGGGCCGUGAGCAGGGACGAAUCGCCGUCGUCGAAGGAGGCCUCCAUCAAGAGCCAGCCCAGAUUCUAG